GCCAGUAUUACAUCUACUCAUAUCUGCUGUAUGAAACACAACGACAACACUACACGUUUAUCAGCAAUGAAAGAACUGUGGCGACAUGUAUUAUCGACUAUAUCUGCAAGAUAAUGAAGAAUAGAAGUUUGUGUAACGUUAUUUACAGACUACGAACAUAAACCCGAACCCCGGAGCGGGGAGAGACACCGUCAGCGCGGACAGGUAACCCCGGAGCGGGAAUAGUCACCUUCAGCGCGGACAGGUAACCCCGGAGCGGGGAGAGACACCUUCAGGGCGGACAGACUGACUGGUGUCGGCGGAGACGCGAUGUGGCGCAGCAGUCCGUGGGCUCUCCUCCCUCCCGUCUACGCUGGGCUCACUGCAGCUGGGCUGUGGCUGGUAUACUUUGUAGCUGUAAAUGAUGAGAAGAUCUCACCCCUGGGUUCAACAUACAGUGGUGCACGUUACCUGGAAGUUUCCAACAAGCGUCAUCCCAAAGCAGCCGAUGGAGAAACACACCAGACUACCGACAUUCAGCCACUGAUGGUGUGUCCUGUGUUUCAGCUGAAGGUAUUUACUGAGGAGAUGAUCCACAACUUCGGCACCUUAAUGACGUUUGGGCUGGGAACGCUGUACUGCUGGGUGCAGUCCUACAUCACCCUGAGAGUGGAUCUGAAGAAGGAAGGGAGGAAGGCUGGGAUCAUCCGCUUCCUGUUGUCUGGAUCCAUCACCGUGUGCAUGAUACUCUACUUCUCCCUGAUGGGGCAGCGCCUCCACAUGCAAGCAGCUCAGUGCCAGUGGGCGCUGGUCAUGUUCUUCAUCACCUUCCUCGGCACUUUUGCCAUCGAGUUUCGCCACAACCGCUUUGGCAUUGUGUGCACAGACAGCUGUGGGCGUCCAGCGAGGCGUUCAGAGGCGCUCUCCGAAGCAUCCAGGUACCAGCCGGGACCUGGAUCAGCAACUUUAUGAGGCAUUCAUUACAUCUUUUUUUACUCUACUCACUCAACAAAUAAUCACCACUUCAUGUACGCAUGUUUACAUAUUUUUUUAUCUAGAAACAUUCCAAAGAAAAAUCGGCUGUAUCUUUUUUAUA